UGAGUGGUGGCGCCUGGCCGUUUAAAGCACCGCAUACGCCUGGCAUGUAAAAGUUGGUCUCCGCUUUCUUCAGAGCCCGAUAUCGGUCACGUGCAGGCGGGCGGAGGGGGGCGGGUGUUCGCGCCUCGGAGUCGCGGAAGUUAGCUCGCUAGCUGGCCAGCGAACUCCGGCGACCUGCUGUGCGGCGGCGGCGUGCUGGCAGCCAAUCCGGAGGGAAAGGGGGAGAGAGACGGCCACACGAACCGGUGCUAACCGGGACCAUGGCUUACGAUCACGGAACGGACGAGCCUUAACGCUGAAUGUGAGAUCCGGGGGAAUCGAUCGCCAGUUUUCACCAUUUAUCGUCGGGGAGAGAAAAAAAAUGGAUCGAGGACCAGGGUUCAUAUGAACGUUCCAGGACAUUUGCUAAGAUACGUGGAAAUUGACUAAUCUACGGCUGUUUAUGCCUGGUCAUAAAUUUGGCAUCGAUCGGACACCGAUUUCAUUGAGGAUCUGAAAACAGACCUCUUCAAAGCUUCCUAACCUCCCACAUAGACGCGUCCCACACUCUCCUCUUACCGCCUGCCUGCCUUUGGCUUCUCACGCUUAAUCCCUAUGCAAAUUUUGCUCUUCUAAUGGUGGAUGUAACCGCUGAUUGACGUGGAGAUGUCGACGGGCUUCCUGUUCCAUCAGAAUGGUGGCGUCUCCAGCAGUCCCUGCGACCCGAAGCAGGGUGGGGUGGCGUUGAAGGUGUACCUCUACUACAGCAGCCAGGCUGAGGCAGAACGCACCCCCCUUUCAUACCCCCCCGGGAAAUAUGUGGCUGAGGAUCUCUGCAUCGACGCAGCCAAGGAGUGUGAUGUGGCGCCCAUGUACUGCAACAUGUUCGCGCUGAUGAGAGAGACUGACCAAAUGUGGUUUGCGCCGAAUCACGUCUUCCACGUCGAUGAUGCAGCUUGUGAGGAUCUGGUGUUCAGAAUCCGGUACUACUUCCCUGGUUGGUAUACUAAUGACCCCUCCAGUGCGUGUCGAUAUGGAGCCAGCAAGGGCUUGGAGACGCCAGUGUUGGACGACUGUGUCAUGGCCUACCUGUUCGCCCAGUGGCGGACUGACUUUGUGAGCGGCUUGUUUGAGCUUGCCAUCAGUCACGAGACCCAGGAGGAGUGCUUAGGUAUGGCGGUGUUAGACAUGAUGAGGAUAGCCAAGGAGAGAGAGGUGUCUCCUCUGGAAGUCUACCAUGGAAUGAGCUACAAGUCUUUCCUGCCCAAGGAUAUGCGGACCUGUAUCCAAGACUACAACAUUGUGACCCGCAAGCGAAUCCGGUACCGUUUCCGGAAGUUCAUCCAGCAGUUCAGCCAGUGCAAAGCGACUGCGCGUGACCUGAAGCUGAAGUAUCUGAUGAACCUGGAGACGCUGCAGUCUACCCUCUACUCGGAGCACUUCGGGGUCGAGGAGCCCACCGUAGGGCCCGUCACCAUCGUUGUCACUGGCAACAACGGCAUCCAGUGGUCCUGUGAGAAACUCAAAAACUCUGCCUCUGACCAGGAGCUGCAGACGUAUUGCAAUUUCCCUGAAGUCAUCGACAUCAGCAUCAAGCAGGCAAAUAAAGAUGGUUCCAGUGAGAGUCGGAUUGUCACCAUCAACAAACAGGAUGGCAAGACGUUGGAGCUGGAGUUCCAUUCGCUAGCAGAGGCUCUGUCUUUUGUGUCCUUGAUUGAUGGGUAUUAUCGACUCACCACAGACGCCCACCACUACCUCUGUAAAGAGGUGGCUCCCCCUAGCUUGUUGGAGGCCAUUCACAGUCACUGUCAUGGCCCAAUGUUGAUGGAGUUUGCCAUCAACAAGUUACGGAGGUCUGGGAACCAGAGGGGCCUUUACAUCCUGCGCUGCAGCCCCAAAGACUAUGACAAAUACUUCCUGUCUUUUGCAGUGGGGUUGGAUGGAGCUGUGGAGUACAAGCACUGCCAGAUCACCAAGGCGUCAGUGGGGGAGUACAGCCUGAGUGGGGCCAAGAAGACCUUCAGAAGCUUGCUGGAGCUGCUGCACUGCUACCAGAAGGAGACCGUGCGCUCUGAUGGACAUAUCUUCCAGUUCACCAAGUGCUGUCCUCCCAAGGCCAAAGAAAAGUCUAACUUGCUGGUGUGCAGGAAUGAGCCAGUUACGGAGGUACCACUCUCAUCUUCCAUUCAGAGGCGCAACAUCAGCCAGAUGGUGUUCCACAAGAUCAAGAAGGAGGACAUAGAGAUCCACGAAAGCUUGGGGCAGGGAACAUUCACGAAGAUCUUCAAAGGUAUCCGCAAGGAGCUCGGAGACUACGAAAAAAUGUACGAGACAGAUGUCGUCGUGAAGAUUCUGGAUAAAGCGCACCGGAAUUACUCUGAGUCUUUCUUUGAGGCGGCCAGCAUAAUGAGUCAGCUCUCACAUAAACACUUACUGCUGAACUACGGUGUUUGUGUGUGUGGGGAGGAGAACAUCAUGGUCCAGGAGUAUGUUCGGUUUGGAUCGCUGGAUACCUACCUGAAGAAGAAUAAGAAUUCUGUGAACAUCACAUGGAAGCUGGAGGUGGCCAAGCAGCUAGCAUGGGCCAUGCAUUUCCUGGAGGGCAAGAACCUGAUCCAUGGCAACGUCUGUGCCAAAAACAUCCUGCUGAUCAGGGAAGAGGACCGAAAGUCGGGGAGCCAGCCCUUCAUCAAGCUGAGCGACCCUGGUAUCAGCAUCUUGGUGCUGCCCAAGGAGAUUCUGAUGGAGCGAAUUCCAUGGGUACCACCUGAGUGCGUAGAAGACCCUAGGAACUUGAGCCUGGCGACAGACAAGUGGGCCUUUGGUACGACCCUAUGGGAGAUCUGCAGCGGGGGAGACAAACCUCUCAGCACCCUCGAUUCUUCCAAGAAAAAUCUCUUCUAUGAGGAUCGACACCAGUUACCUGCACCGAAGUGGACAGAGCUGGCAAACCUGAUCAACAACUGUAUGGACUACGAGCCGCUCUUCCGGCCGUCUUUCCAAGCCAUCAUCCGUGACCUGAACAGCCUCUUCACUCCCGACUAUGAGCUACUGGCUGAGAGCGAUAUGCUGCCGAACCGAAGCCGAGGGUUUGGGUUCUCUGGUGCUUUUGAGAACCAUGAGCCAGCUGAGUUUGAAGAGAGGCACCUGAUUUUCCUACAGCAGCUUGGCAAGGGUAACUUUGGAAGUGUGGAGAUGUGCAGGUACGACCCUCUGCAGGACAACACCGGCGAGGUGGUAGCAGUGAAGAAACUGCAGCACAGCACAGCUGAGCACCUGCGUGACUUUGAGAGGGAGAUCGAGAUCCUCAAAUCACUCCAGCAUGAAAACAUUGUCAAGUACAAGGGAGUGUGCUACAGUGCAGGGCGGAGGAACCUGAGAUUAGUCAUGGAGUACCUGCCGUUUGGGAGCCUGCGAGAUUACCUCAGCAAGAAUAAAGACCGCAUGGACCACACGAAGCUUCUCCACUACGCCUCCCAAAUAUGCAAGGGCAUGGACUACCUGGCCAGUAAGCGGUACAUCCACAGGGACCUGGCCACACGCAACAUCCUUGUGGAGAGUGAACUGAGGGUGAAAAUUGGGGAUUUCGGUCUGACCAAAGUGCUGCCCCAAGACAAGGAGUAUUAUACAGUGAAGGAGCCUGGCGAGAGCCCCAUCUUCUGGUAUGCCCCCGAAUCUCUUACAGAGAGCAAAUUCUCAGUGCCCUCUGAUAUCUGGAGUUUCGGAGUUGUCCUGUACGAGCUCUUCACCCACAGCAACAAGAACAACAGCCCACCAGCUGUGUUCAUGAGAAUGAUGGGCAGCGAUAAGCAAGGCCAAAUGAUUGUGUACCACCUGAUUGAGCUCCUCAAACAAGGCAGCAGGCUGCCCUUGCCGGAUGGGUGCCCCACAGAGAUCCACCGGAUCAUGACGGAGUGCUGGAACAGUGACCCCUGCCUAAGACCGACCUUCAAGAAGCUUGCUCAGAGUGUAGAUGUCAUUCGGGACAGCAAAGAGAGCUGAGCUUGUCUCUCGAGAGCUCUGAAGGGUCACAGAGCAGAUGGCUGUUGCCUGCUUGUGUAUAGCGCCCCCUGAUGUGGCGUCUCCUGAGCUUCGGAACGUCGUCGAGGCCGACCUUAGGAGGUCACCAGACUGCCUGCGUUUUAUAACACUGGGUCGAAGUGUGUUAGAGAAAGUCACACGUCCUUGAGAAGCUGUGUGAUGUCUGGAUCUCGCUAGACAUUUAUUUCACAGGAAGGAAGCGAAGAUUGAAGAAAAUUAAGAACUUCGUGGAGUUAGUUUUAUUAACGUGGGCUGCAAAGGAAAAACUCACCAAACCUACUGAGAUAACUAUGGUAACCUGCUGAGCUAACCUCUGUCUUAGGAGAGGGAGGAAUUUCACACACGACACCUGGAGGCAGGGAAUGGAUUAUGUGAUGACAAUGAUGAUAUGUUUUUCUGUAAAAUGAUUUAUUUUCUGCUCUUUUUAUUAAUCUUUUAUGCAGCCAAAGCUUUGUUAAAUGGCUAAUUUGGCUGCAUGUCUGAUAUCCAAACAAAAAAAGAUUGUGGUCUGACUAGUUAGAGCAUCAGAAUUGUUUUUUAUGAGCAUGGAAUGGCAAUCGUGCCAUAUAGGUCUUGUUUUUGAGCACUGCUACAGAUUAGAUGCGAGUUAGAAACUGUGCAGGAGUUCAGCGAAGAGGGAUGGACUUCCUGUUGCCUGCAUUGAAAUGCUAAUGGGUGUGGCUGAGUAUAUAUGCCUGCCCCUCUGCUGUGCCGUUUCCCGCAGCUGAAGCAAGAUACAAGAAGCGAAAGGAGAACUUCUGCAGGAAAUGUGCUGUGACAUAUAUAAGGAGAUGUAUGGAAACUUCAGGGGAAUUAUAACUCUCAUAAUUUUCAGCACAUUUAUGGCAGCAGUGCUGACCUUUACAUCACCCAUCUCUUAAGAUUUACAGGGAAAAAUAUAUAUAUCUAUACUUUUUUCUACAGAUAAUAUAUAAAGAGGAAGCUUUAUUUUUUGUAAACAAAAUAAGACACUGGUUUCAUCUGAUAUUUAGGCAGUUUGUGUAAAUGGAAAAAAAUGUUUUGCUUGUAAAAAUAUUCAUCUCUAAUUUUGUAAUAUCUUAAUUGUAAUAUGGAAAAUUUCAGAUUAAAAAAUGGUCAUUUUUAAAGGGUACAAUUUUGUUCAUCUGUAUAAUCUGCACGUGACGACUACCCUGCAUAUCAAUGGGCGUUUCUGUAGUUUCAACAAGGUAGAUGUUAAAGAUGUUGCUGUGGAUGGUGAUGAUGGUGAGGGUGAUGAUGAUGGUGGUGGUGAGGGUGAUGAUGGUGGUGAGGGUGAUGGUGAGGGUGAUGAUGAUGAUGAUGGUGGUGAGGGUGGUGAUGGUGGUGAGGGUGAUGAUGAUGAUGAUGGUGGUGAGGGUGAUGAUGGUGGUGAGGGUGAUGAUGAUGAUGAUGGUGGUGAGGGUGAUGAUGGUGGUGAGGGUGAUGAUGGUGAGGGUGAUGAUGGUGAGGGUGAUGGUGAGGGUGAUGAUGAUGAUGGUGAGGGUGAUGAUGGUGGUGAGGGUGAUGGUGGUGAGGGUGAUGAUGGUGGUUAACUUAGUUAAGAGGGAAAACAUAGUUACAGCUAUAUACAUUCUGAUAUUAGCCAAGGAUGGCUGAUUUCUAUUAAUUUUGUAAUAUUGUCUAGUUGCAGAAACUUAGGUGUAGCUGGAUAAUAUAGAGUAAUGUACCUGAUUCCAGUGCAGUACAAAUUGUUUCUAUAAGGGACAUUAAAUUCUGCUCUGUCUUCAUGGGAUGAAACAGAUAACUAGUGCAUUUAAAGUUAAAGGACAGUCUAGAGUUUGACUUGAGUCUUUCCAUGUUAUGAAGGACACGUUUUAUUUUACUUAUAUUUUCAUUUAUAGGUGUUCACUCAACUUUCCAAUGCUUAAGAAUGAAAAGCCUGCAGUUUAUGAAAUAAAUGGAAAAGUGAAAGCUGUGGUGUGUAGAAGCUUUAGACUGGUGAUGUAUGUGGUGUACGUAUCACAUCCAGGUAGCCUAGCAUCCUACUGGACGGAACAUGACCUUUACGCUAAGCCAUGUUUACCUCUAUAUCUGUGUUUCUCUUUUGUUUGUCAAAAUCUUAAUUUCAUCAGGUUAUCAGUGGUAUAGUGAUUUUACAAGUGUUAUGGUGGAAGAACUGUUUCAGUAAAUAUAUCUUUAAUCUGUAUAAAAUACCUUUUCCUAAGUACUGA